CCGGGCCGGAACCGGGCCGGAAAGCAGGAAGCGCCGGGCUGGCCGGGAUGGCGGCGCCGGGCUGGGGGCCGCCGCGGGUGGACGGCUUCAUCCUCACCGAGCGCCUGGGCAGCGGCACCUACGCCACGGUGUACAAGGCCUACGCCAAGAAGGACACUCGAGAGGUGGUGGCCAUCAAGUGUGUGGCCAAGAAGAGUCUGAACAAGGCGUCGGUGGAGAACCUCCUGACGGAGAUUGAGAUCCUCAAGGGCAUCCAGCACCCACACAUCGUGCAGCUGAAAGACUUCCAGUGGGACAGCGACAACAUCUACCUCAUCAUGGAGUUCUGUGCGGGGGGCGACCUGUCCCGCUUCAUCCACACCCGCAGGAUCCUGCCCGAGAAGGUGGCCCGCGUGUUCCUGCAGCAGCUGGCCAGCGCCCUGCAGUUUCUGCACGAACGGAACAUCUCUCACCUGGACCUGAAGCCGCAGAACAUCCUGCUCAGCUCCUUGGAGAAGCCGCACCUGAAGCUGGCAGACUUCGGCUUCGCGCAGCACAUGUGCCCCCGCACCGAGAAGCACGUGCUGCGAGGCUCCCCGCUCUACAUGGCCCCCGAGAUGGUGUGCCAGCGGCAGUACGACGCCCGCGUGGACCUCUGGUCUGUGGGGGUCAUCCUAUAUGAAGCACUCUUCGGACAGCCCCCCUUUGCCUCCAGGUCGUUCUCUGAGCUGGAAGAGAAGAUCCGGAGCAACCGAGUCAUCGAGCUCCCCCUGCGGCCCCUGCUCUCCCGAGACUGCCGGGACCUGCUGCGGCGGCUGCUGGAGCGAGACCCCGCCCGCCGCAUCUCCUUCCAGGACUUUUUCGUGCACCCCUGGGUGGACCUGCGGCACAUGCCCAGCGCCCAGAGCCUGGCCCAGGCAACCGCCCUGGUGGUGCAGGCCGUGGAGAAGGACCAGGAGGGCGACGCGGCGGCCGCACUGUCCCUGUACUGCCAGGCGCUGGACUUCUUCGUGCCCGCACUGCACUAUGAGGUGGAUGCCCAGCGCAAGGAGGCCAUCAAGGCGAAGGUGGGACAGUACGUCUCUCGGGCCGAGGAGCUCAAGGUCCUCGUCUCCUCCUCCAACCAGGCCCUGCUGAAGCAGGGGGCCUCCACACGCGACCUGCUUCGAGAGAUGGCCCGGGACAAGCCACGGAUGCUUGCUGCACUGGAUGUGGCCGCAGCUGCCAUGGCCAAGGAGGAGGAGACUAGUGCAGAGCAAGAUUCUCUGGACCUGUACCAGCAGAGCCUGGGGGAGCUGCUGCUGUUGCUGGCAGCGGAACCCCCGGGGCGCAGGCGGGAGCUGCUUCAUACUGAGAUCCAGAAUCUCAUGGCUCGGGCUGAGUACCUGAAGGAGCAGAUCAAGGUGAGGGAGUCUCGCUGGGCGGCCGAGGCCCUGGACAAGGAGCCGCUGUCGGAGUCUGUGCGGAGCUCUUGUACCCUGCAGUGACCCCAGGACUGAACAGACUACGAGUCACCCAGAGGACCGACACAGGCUCCCCGGGGUCCCCUCAGACCCUCAUCGCCCCCAGCUAGCUCCCUCGGGACACUCAGCCUGAGCCUCUGUGGGCCUGGGCUGGCCGAGCAGGCAGCCAGGCUGGGGCGAUGUUGCCUUCCCUGGGGGCUGGUAUGCGUCGGGCUGGUUGCGGGGUGCGCCUGCUCCAUACUGGAGAGGUGCGGGGGGCCUGUGGGGGGCUGUACCGUCCAUUGCCAGCCCCAGCCUCCUCGGAGCCUCACUGGACCCACCACCCUACUUGUACUGGAGCAGCUUGCACCAGGACCCUCAGGGACCACGUGCCUGUGGACCCCCGAGCCCGGAGUGGCCCCCUUCACCCUCACAGCUGGAAGUGAGACUCCAGACUUAUGUAGGAGUUUUUGCCAGGGCAGGGCACCUCAGAGGAGCUCAGGCCUGGGUGCCACUGGCGCAGGGGCAGGAGCGAGGGGAGAUGGCCCCGAGGGCUGAUCGGGGCCGCCUCUGCAUGCUGCAGGCCUGGCUUCUAUCCCCAGCACCUUGGGGUCCCGCCAAGCACCACUGGGAGUGACCUCUGAGCACUGAGCCAGGAGCAGUCCCCGAGCACUGUGAGGAUCAUCAGUCCUCAUCCCUCCCGUGUCCCUCCUUGGGGACUGCCCUCUUGCCGAAGCGCAGGGGCUGCAGGACCCGAGAGGCCACACACAGCUCAGCGCCAGGGUAGCAGCACCCGGCCCGUGUCCCCCCAUGUCGGGCGGGGCCCCUCCUCUCUCCCACCUCUGCCUUCUGCAGGGGCUCUCAGGGGGAUGGAGUGACUUUAGCUGGGAGAAGGGACACAGCUGGCGUCCGAGGAUUCUGGCGACCUCAAACCCUCCCUGACAGGAGCUGGCCGCCCACCCGCGCGUACUGGCUGCAUUGUUGGUGGAUGUCGUUCUUGGUUUCUCAAUUAAAUUAUUUUCUGAA